UCGAGAAAAUCUAGAGAACUUCGAUUUUCUCUAGCAUAAGGACCGGUGUGAACGUCCUUCUUUUCAAUCGCUUUCAAAAUAGUACACAACACUAACAGUGUCACGUGACAUCUCUAGGAUUUCGAAAUUUUGUGUGUGUGUGUGUGUGUGUGUGUUGUGUGUAUAUUUUUUAUGUGUGCUUACUUGCUCAGUCGGUUUCAAAUCCCGUAAUCUCUUGCAAAAACGUCGAAGGGGGAAGGAGAAUUGAUUGAAAAGUGAUCUCUUAAUUAAUAACACUGCGUGUCCGUGUAAAAACCGAUCGCGUUUUAUUAUUUACCACGCAAUUCGACUCCGAAUUCGACCGUUAGGUUAUGUCAUGAUUACGUCGAUUCUCUGAUCGUUUUCACUUAGCCAAAACCUAUCGAGGAUCUCUUCCUAGCGUCUCCACUUGCUCAUGGGAUUUAUUGAUGAUGAAUUGCAAGAAGUAUCACAGCUUUGCCACAAUGUCGUCGACGGAAGCCGCCUCGUCUCUUGCGUGCGGAGCAUGGUCCGCGUCGAAAUAACAAAGACACCGUUCAAGCAACUUGUUGUGUGCAUUCAGUUCCAAGAGGAUUAUCCCGCAUCGCCGUUGUUCGUCGAGUUAAAGAGUAAAACUCUGUCCGCGAAGUUGCUCGAUGGAUUAGCAGGGGUCUGCGAAAAGGAGUGCAAGCGUUUCUUGAAUAAAGCACAGAUCUUGCCAGUUUUGAAGUUUAUCAGGAAUUUCAUCGAGGAGAAUCCUCUCAUCUGCUGCUACGAGGAAAUAUCAACUCUGAAAAAGCUUUUAGGGGAUAAGGAUGAGUUAAAGUUGAAGCAGAAGAAUUCUUCCAUUAAUUUAACACUGCACCAAAAUUUGUAUCAUUUUAAGGCCAAGCUUGAAGUGCCGGAUAAUUAUCCCACCAGUUGUGUGACUUUUGGUGAUGUUGAUACAAAUUUUCCACCGCUGUUCAAUCGCUAUCUAAUUGGACAAGGAAGGGAAUUAGCAAGGCGAUGUGUCGAUCCACCAUUGAGGAAGCAACAAAAGCCGUUUACACCGUCACCAUCAUUAAACACAGUUGUUUCUUUUCUCAUAAAGAGUGUGAAAGCCUUUCCACUGGAACCCUGUCAACGCUGCAAAGUAACGUGCUUGCCAACGAAUCCAGAAGAGGUUGUAACCGACGAAAAUGCGGAUUUCCACGCCGAAAGACUUUACUGUGGUCAUCUCUUCCAUUUAAAAUGUCUCGUGACAUACAUGAAGACUCCGCCAUUCCAUGGGGGUAAGAAAUGUCCGAGUUGCGGUCAACGCGUUUAUCACGACAAAUGGGGAUUAUCUGAUAAACUGGCAGAAGACCGUUGGGCCCAUCAUGAAGCACGAAUGAGGGAGUUGACGGAAGUUGAAGACUUUUUCAACUAAUACACUCGCAAACUUGGGGAAUGAGUUUCACGACAAACUUACUGGAAGUGCUAUAUAUAAAUAUGAAGUUCUAUAUAUAUAAAGUAUGGCAACUAAUAUUUUGAGCGAAAAAAACGCCAACUAAGAUUGAAAAAAAGAAAUCCAUCUUCAAAAUAAUAAUACUAUUUUUUCACAAUAAUAUGUAAAAGAUAUAAAUUUCUGGGUCGAACGUUUCUCAAGCACGGAGAUUAAAAAAAAACUGUAGGUAAACAAUAUAUUUUGGUGAAUGUCAUCAAAUUAGAGUUGUCUUAAGUAAUUAGUGUUUCACAAAGGAAUACAUCCGAUUUAAAUGAUAUUGAAAGCUGGUUGAAAGCGUCACUACUACUUUCAUUACUACUAAUAUUAUUUUUUCACAAACUUGUAUGAUAUUUGUCAUAUCUGCAAGAAAAGGGACAAGAAACAUUGAAAGAAACAUUGUAAAGAAAAAAUACUUUUUUAAAUACUUAUCCAAAAUAGGGAAACUUAUCAAUUUUUAAAUGUCAAAAAUUUAUAUUUUUGAAUCAAGAAAUCGAAGAUGAAACAGUAUCACUAUAUACAGUAAAUGGGCAUUAACUAGGGCUUAGUCGAUAAGAAUAUCUCUUUGGUGGGUACAUCAAGAUUAUUUUGCUUCAUGUAAAAGCAAUAAUUAUACAUGUACAGUAAUGUA